AUGACACUCAAAGCAAAUGCUAACACUGAUUUAGAUGAUGAACAACGUGUGCUUAUUCCACAUCCGCUACGUGAAUUAACACUUCAUUGCAUUUACAAGGGCAUUGAAGUUGCUCCUGUUGUUGGCUUAGCAACCGUACUUCCUUAUCAACUUUAUAAAUCAAAACGAAAUCCACAAUUACGACCAAUAUUGAGUCGUGUUGGUACGAUGUACGGAGCGGUAGCUGGUGCUGUUUUGAGUGUUACAUUUAUGCAUGCGAAAUUAUAUCAAGAAAAAUAUGACGAAUAUAGAAUAUGGGAUCGAUCAUAUCGUUUACGACAUUCACAAGGUCAAUUACGUGCUGAUCGAUAUUCAUUGUAUUCAGCUAUUGUGGGCGGUGUGACAGGAUUCGUAAUUGGACUGCCAACGAAAUUUAGUGGGCUAUCCGGUGGAAAAGGCGCACUAUUGGGUAUUCCAUUUGGCCUAUUAGUACAUCUGAUACAAAAACCAUUUCAAGAACCAACAGUUGCAACAACGUCAGAUGAUCACUAA